AUGGCCGCGGCUACCAUCGUGCACGACACGUCUGAGGCGGUGGAGCUGUGCCCCCCGCACGGCCUGUACCUCAAGCCCAUCACCAAGAUGACCAUCAGCGUGGCCCUGCCGCAGCUGAAGCAGCCGGGCAAGUCCAUCUCCAACUGGGAGGUGAUGGAGCGGCUCAAGGGCAUGGUGCACAGCCACCAGUUCUCCACGCUGCGCAUCGCCAAGAGCACCAUGGACUUCAUCCGCUUCGAGGGCGAGGUGGAGAACAAGAGCCUGGUCAAGUCCUUCCUGGCCUGCCUGGACGGCAAGACCAUCAAGCUCAGCGGCUUCUCGGACAUCCUGAAGGUGCGCGCCGCCGAGUUCAAGAUCGACUUCCCCACGCGCCACGACUGGGACUCCUUCUUCCGCGACGCCAAGGACAUGAACGAGACCCUGCCGGGUGAGCGGCCGGACACCAUCCACCUGGAGGGGCUGCCCUGCAAGUGGUUUGCCCGGAAGGAGUCGGGCUCCGAGAAGCCCAGCGAGGAGGUGCUGGUGAGGGUCUUUGAGAAGUUUGGGGAGAUCCGCAACGUGGACAUCCCCAUGCUGGACCCAUACCGGGAGGAGAUGACUGGCCGUAACUUCCACACUUUCAGCUUCGGAGGCCACCUGAACUUUGAAGCCUACGUGCAGUACCGCGAGUACGCGGGCUUCAUCAAGGCCAUGAGCGCCCUGCGCGGCAUGAAGCUCAUGUUCAAGGGCGAGGACGGCAAGGCUGUGGCCUGCAACAUCAAGGUUUCCUUCGACUCCACCAAGCACCUGAGCGACGCGUCCAUCAGGAAGCGGCAGCUCGAGAGGCAGAAGCUGCAGGAACUGGAGCAGCAGCGGGAGGAGCAGAAGCGCCGGGAGAAGGCGGCCGAGGAGAAGCAGCGGGCCGAGGAGAGCGUGAUGAAAGCAGUUCCUGCCGUGGGUGCCCACGUGGCCGAGUCCUGCUGCCCGAGGCUUUCCCGGGCUGUCAUCUUGGAGCAGGUUGCCACAACUUUCUCCCGUGGUGCCAUCGGUAGGCGCGUGCUGUGUUUCCCGCGCGUACCCGUGCGUCCGGUCGACUCUCUGAGCGGAAGGGAGCGUGGGCUGUUCUCUGGGCUGCGGCGCCGCCUUCCAGUCCCCGGUCGGACCCUGCUUCUCCGUUUACCCUCCUGCUGCGUGGCCUUUGUUCUGCUCUCCACCGCCCAGCCGCUAAACCCCUGGGACGCGGCCUUGCGCGUUGCUGGGAUGCUGCCCAGGUGUCAGCCGGGCUUCCAGACGGAGACUAGGAAAGAAGGGCUGGCUGUCGACCCCCAGAUCACAGCUGCCGAAAGCCCUGUGGGCAGCAGGGGUCAGAUCUGCGACCGACAGGGCUGGCGCGGGGCCGGGCAGCGUGGGCUCCGUUGGGGGGGGCGGCACUGGGUCGGGCUGGCUUGA